AUGGCAAACAAAAGUAUUGCUGAUAUUCAGCAUCAAGGUAAAUUUUUUGUUGAACCAUCAACAACUGCUGGAAAAUUAAAUACCGCAGAUUGGCCACUUCUUCUUAAGAAUUUCGAUCGUUUAAAUGUUCGUUCGAAUCAUUAUACACCCAUUGCUGAAGGUUGUUCACCGUUACAACGACCUAUUGAAGAUUAUAUUAAAUCAGGUUUUAUUAAUUUGGAUAAACCAGUAAAUCCAUCAUCACAUGAAGUUGUUGCAUGGGUUAAACGUAUACUUUGUAAAGCAUUACCAGUAUCAAAAACAGGUCAUUCAGGAACAUUAGAUCCUAAAGUAUCUGGUUGUUUAAUUGUUUGUAUUGAACGUGCAACACGUCUUGUUAAAUCUCAACAAUCAGCUGGAAAAGAAUAUAUUGGUGUUGUACGUUUUCAUUCGCCCAUUGAUGAUAUCAAAAAAGUUGAACGUACACUUGAAUCUUUAACUGGUGCCGUUUUUCAAAAACCACCUGUUAUAGCUGCAGUUAAAAGACAAUUACGUAUUCGAACUAUUUAUGAAAGUAAAUUAUUAGAAUUUGAUCAACGACGAAAUAUUGGUAUUUUUUGGGUUAGUUGUGAAGCUGGAACUUAUAUUCGAACAUUAUGUGUUCAUAUGGGUCUUUUACUUGGUGUCGGUGGUAUUAUGCAAGAAUUACGUCGUGUUCGAUCUGGUAUUCAAUCAGAAGCAGUAGGUAUGGUAACAAUGCAUGAUGUAAUUGAUGCAACAUAUGCUUAUAUGCAUAAUAAAGAUGAAAGUUAUCUUCGUCGUGUUGUUAAACCAUUAGAAGCAUUACUUGUAUCACAUAAACGUAUUAUUAUUAAAGAUAGUGCAGUAAAUGCAGUUUGUUAUGGUGCUAAAUUAUUAUUACCUGGUGUACUUCGUUAUGAAGAUGGAAUUGAAUUAAAUGAACAAAUUGUUAUAACAACAACAAAAGGUGAAGCCGUUGCAUUAGGUAUUGCUUUAAUGACAACAGCAACAAUGGCAACAUGUGAUCAUGGUAUAGCAGCAAAAAUAAAACGUGUUGUUAUGGAACGUGAUACAUAUCCAAGAAAAUGGGGUUAUGGACCAGUAGCAUCAAAAAAGAAAUUAAUGAUUAAAGAUGGUAUUUUAGGUAAAUUUGGUAAACCAACAGAACAGACACCAAAAAAUUGGCGAGAAAUGCUCUUUGAUGUUAGUGCUACACCACCAGCUUCAAAACGACCACUUGAUGAAUCCAAUUUAUCAACAAUGUCAUUAGAUGAAUCAAAAUCAGAAAAGAAGAAAAAAGAAAAAAAACAAAAAACUGAAGAUGAUGAUAAUCAAAUGCAAAUAACAUCAACUAUGGAAGAAUCAACAUUGGCAGAAUAUUCAACACCAAGUGAAUCAGCAACCAGUGAAAAAAAACAUAAAAAACAUAAGAAAAAAAAUAAAGAUGAUUCCGAUUAA